AACGUCACAACACCACACAAUACUUCCGGUGUAGAGUGCUGGCUGGAAAGAAUGGGGCGAGUGGUCUUAAGGUGCAUAGAAUGUAAUGAAAAGGCGACAGAGCUGCACAGAGAUUAUAGCAACGGCAUACUGAAGAUAACGUUAUGUGGGUCUUGUCAGAAGCCCGUGGACAAGUACAUAGAAUAUGAUCCAGUUAUCAUCCUGAUUGAUGCCAUCUUGUGCAAGACCCAGGCGUUCAGACACAUUUUAUUCAACACAAGCUUGGAUAUCCACUGGAAGCUGUGCGCCUUUUGCGUGCUGUGCGAGGCCUACCUCCGGUGGUCUUUGUUGCACAGUUCAGAGCCGAGCGGCCACCCUGCCGACAUCAUCAGGUAUGCCAAGGAAUGGGAAUUCUACGGCAUGGUGGCCUUAGCAUCACUGGAGCUGGCAGCAUUCUGCGGCGGCGUGCUGUGUCUCCUUUGGGCUGUGCCGGGUCGUCUCCAGGGCCACGAUGUGUGGCCUCUCCUGCGAGCGCUUCUGCUGUCCUGCUAUGGCAAGGUGCUCCUCGUGCCCGCCGUCAUUUGGGAGCACGACUUCUCGCCGCUCUGCCUGGGCCUCAUCAAGCUGUUUGUGCUCACCUCCAACAGCCAGGCCGUCCGAGUGAUCCUCAACUGCAGAAGGCGUCUGGCGCUGGUGGCUGUUGGCGCGGGCCUGCUGUCAGAGAUGUUGGUCGCUCGGGCCUGUCAGGCUGGCGGGGAGCAUCCAGGAGACGGAGGCCAUGUUUGAUCAAACACUUUAUAUAUUCAUCUCCGGGAUGAGGGACCGACGGGGAACCUGGGACUUGCAUCAAACUGAACUCAUGCUGGCACGGGAUGUUUUCAUUUGCACUUGUUUCCUUGGACUGAGAAGUUGACCUUCUUUGUACCACUAAACACAACAAAUAGCAACCUGGCCCAAUCGUCUAUUGUCGUCCAUUGUUGCCGUCUUUCGAGGCUCUUUUGGGACGAAUGGCUAUAGACAGACGUGACUUGACAAUGACCUUUGACAGCCAUACGGUGCCUCGCAUACAUCAAUCCAGCCAUCCCUUGUUUAUGGCGGCUAAUCGGUUCCACAUUCCACUGCCAUAAAAAGUGUCUAUGCUGUAACUACUAACCUGUUGAUGAUCUUUUAUAUCUGGGUUUUAUAGAGCCCUGCAGACAUGAAAUAACACAUUCACACUGCUAUACCCAAUAGAGUAGACAUAAUCAUAGAAAAUAAGCCAUCUUGGACAUGAAUGAGACAUUAGCAUUGACAGCAUACUUCCUAGGGUGGCACUUGCGGUCAUUGUUUACCUGGACUUGGCCAAAUGGGUUGGAACUGCAGCACUUUAUUUAAGGAGGGAGAGAUAGAUCUCUACAGCUUAGGAAGGAGGGGCAGCAGGUUAGGGUGGUCAAGGAUAGGAAUGGAAGUGUACUGACAGAUGCCAGGAGUGGGACGGGAAGAUGGAAAGAGUACAUUAAAGAGUUGAUGAAUGAGGAAAAGAAGAGAGAAGGAAGAGUAGAAGAGGUGUCUGCUGGCGACCAGGAAGUAGCAAAGAUUGGUAAACAGGAAAUGAGAAGAAGUCGUAAAUGGGAUUCUUUACAUUUUAUUCCCGUAAAUGUGACUUUUGUUGUUCAAAAUGUAUUUUAUUCUCAAAUUGCUGCUGUUAUGAAUGUGGCCCUUAUAUUCCAUCCUCCAUUGAGGACAGUUGAUGCUAGUAUGCUAAUGUAGGAAACAGCACCCUCUAGUGGUUCAGCCAAAGAAGGCUAGCUUUGCCUGAUGUGGUCAUGGUGGAAUUACAAGAUGCUAAAAAGUAGACAGAAGACGUACAAGUUGACCGACUAAAAAUGGGAUGUUGCAAACAGUAAUAAAAAGGUACAUGAACAGGAAAUAAAGAAGCAAUGCAUAAAAUGUCUGCUACGUGUUUAUGCGUGUCGCUGUAGGCCCGUGUGGAUUUGUAUUUGAUUUUUUUAGCGUCCUCAGCCAGCCUCCUCUUUCCUUUCCUUUUGUCCUUGUGACGGGAAACGAUCUAAAGGUGACGAGCGGUUAGGAAUGUGGCCUGUGACCAAAAGCAGCAGAUCCCUGAGAUGAAGGAUCGCCUGAUAGACACACCGCUAUGUUGGCGCAGGUCAAUAAUAGAAAUA